CUUAAAUAUUAAACAGUCUGUUUAUUUUUCAGAUUUCCUUCCUGUGUUAUAUCCUUCUGAAGUCUUCACACUAAUAAACCUCCCAGCAACAGUGACACCAACAUGAGCCGGUACCAGUGGGCUGAAGAUGACUUCGUCCUGCCUCCUGGGGUAGUUCGACUGGGCGCCUCUAAGCCAGUUAGUGGUCAAACGUAUGUCAUGUACCACGGCACCACUAGGCAGAGCGCUCAGUCCAUCCUGCGCACAGGAUUUCGCCCAUCUGCAGGCGGGAUGCUAGGCCGUGGCGUGUACCUCAGCAGAGACCUGGAGAAAGCCAGCCGCUAUCCCCUCAACUGCCCUGAGUCUAACAGGGUCGUCAUCAGGGUUAAGGUCAACGUGGGGAAAGUGAAAGCCAUCGAUUAUCAACGCCACCCACUUCAGAUGACCUGGCACGACCACGGAUAUGACACCGCCUGGGUGCCGCCCAACUGUGGGAUGGUGCCAAGCGGAUUAGAGGAGAAUUGUGUCUGGGAUCCCCGUCGAAUCCAGAUCAUCGAUACCAUCAACCCACAACCACGCCUGGACCUCCCUGAGCCAGUUAGUGGUAGGAGGUACAUCAUGUACCACGGCACCUGCAGGAAGACAGUUAAAUCCAUCCAGGCCUCGGGUUUUCGGCAGUCUGAAGACGGGAUGCUCGGCCGCGGCGUCUACCUCAGCAGAGACCUGGAGAAAGCUAGCCGCUAUCCCCUCGAUCACCGUGAGUCUGACAGGGUCGUCAUUAAGGUUAUUGUUGAUGUGGGUAAAGUGAAAGCCAUCAAUUAUCAAGGCCACCCGCUUCAGACAACCUGGCAUGACAACGGCUACGACACCGCCUGGGUGCCGCCAAAGUGUGGAAUGGUGCCGAGCGGAUUGGAGGAGGAUUGUGUCUGGGAUCCCCGUCGAAUCCAGAUUAUUGGUACCAUCCACCCACUCCACGUCAAGGCCUCCGGUGGAUCCCUUGAGUAUCAGUGGGUUGAAGAUGACUUCGAACUACCUGCUGGAGUAGGUCGAUUGGAUCUCCCUGAAGUAGUUAGUGAUAAAACCUAUGUCAUGUACCACGGCACCUGCUGGAAGAAUGUUUUCGCCAUCCUGAAAAAAGGAUUUUGCCCGUCUGAAGACGGGAUGCUCGGCCGCGGCGUCUACCUCAGCAGAGACCUGAAGAAAGCUAGCCGCUAUCCGAUGGAUCAUCAUGAGUCUGACAGGGUCGUCAUUAAGGUUAAGGUCGACGUUGGGGAAGUGAUCGCCAUCAAACUUAAAAACCACAUUUUUAAUAAGACCUGGCAUAACCACGACUACGACACCGCCUGGAUGCUGCUAAAGAGUAGAACGGGGAAGAGCGGUUUGGAGAGGAUUUGUGUCUGGGAUCCCCGUCGAAUCACAGUCAUCGAUACCAUCAAACCACGCCCAGUCAGUUAGUCUCAUUUAUUUUAUACGGUCAAAUGUAUUUUUAUAUAUUUGGAUAAAAAGUCAGUGACGUUGCAUUUUGUUACUGUGUCUCUGUAACCUGGAGAAUAAAUGCUUCAUAACUCUGA